GAUGUUCUUCACAGGUGCAGCUCAGGUGCAGAGAUACUCUUCACAGGUGCAGCUCAGGCUCAAAGAUACUCUUCACAGGUGCAGCUCAGGUGCAGAGAUACUCUUCACAGGUGCAGCUCAGGCACAGAGAUACUCUUCACAUGUGCAGCUCAGGCGCAGAGAUACUCUUCACAGGUGCAGCUCAGGCACAGAGAUACUCUUCACAGGUGCAGCUCAGGCUCAGAGAUACUCUUCACAGGUGCAGCUCAGACUCAGAGAUACUCUUCACAGGUGCAGCUCAGGCACAGAGAUACUCUUCACAGGUGCAGGUCAGGUGCAGAGAUACUCUUCACAGGUGCAGCUCAGGCGCAGAGAUACUCUUCACAGGUGCAGCUCAGGCGCAGAGAUACUCUUCACAGGUGCAGCUCAGGUGCAGAGAUACUCUUCACAGGUGCAGCUCAGGUGUAGAGAUACUCUUCACAGGUGCAGCUCAGGCACAGAGAUACUCUUCACAGGUGCAGCUCAGGCACAGAGAUACUCUUCACAGGUGCAGCUCAGACUCAGAGAUACUCUUCACAGGUGCAGCUCAGGCACAGAGAUACUCUUCACAGGUGCAGCUCAGACUCAGAGAUACUCUUCACAGGUGCAGCUCAGGCUCAGAGAUACUCUUCACAGGUGCAGGUCAGGUGCAGAGAUACUCUUCACAGGUGCAGCUCAGGCUCAGAGAUACUCUUCACAAGUGCAGCUCAGGCUCAGAGAUACUCUUCACAGGUGCAGCUCAGACUCAGAGAUACUCUUCACAGGUGCAGCUCAGGUCUCACUCAGAUUUGAUGUGCUUCAGGGGGAAUGUGCUCUUAGGAAUUUGGUAAGUCUCAUAUGGGAUCAAUUUUGUUUGUAAAUUCAUUAUGCAUAGAACUUUAUUACACACAUUUAUCAUAAAACUGCUGACCUGAAAUAAUCCAUUCUUUAGUUUUAGCUUUUGAGAUGGCGCCUUUAUCUUUAAAAAUUUUAUAAACUUUAUU